AUGGACAUCGAAACUGCCUUUCCAGAAGAUCCCUUGGAGACUACGGUCAAGUACGCAGGCGCCCAGCUUGCCCCCUUCUCUGUGCCAUGGGCGAAGGGGAGAGUUCAGCUCGGCACCGGCUUCAAUACGCAGCGCUCCCAGAAUGAUGCUCUCUUUCUAACACGGUCCGCAUUUCGGGAUGUACAGGGCGUUCCACUUCACUACCGACAGUGUCAAUUGACCUCGAUUCGAGACGAGUCCGCCACCGACAUCGCCAGCAAGUCGGAAAUCACCAGCUUCGCCGUCAGCGCCUCUAUCGGCGGGAGCUUUUUGGGCGCCUCUGGCCGUGGAAGCUAUGAGAAGAGUAUACGCGAAAACAAAAAUAAAUCAAAUAUAAGCGUUCGGGCUGAGCAUAUCUGCGGCCAAAUUGAUUUGGUCUAUAUACCCAGGCUAGACCUGGGCGCAAUCAAGCUGCUCAGCGAUUCUUCUGAUCCCGUCAAUGAGUUCCGUCGUGCGUACGGCGAUUUCUACGUUGCAGGUCUUAGAGUGGGAGCAGUGAACAACACCACCAUCUCCGGCGAGAUGGCUAACAAGUCCUUCUUCGAGGCGACGCGUCUGCAGUUGAAGAUCAAGGCGCUCUUCUUGACAUAUAACAAGUCCAUCGAUGAUGUAAACCAAUCUAAGAGCAACAGUGGUGGCCUGAGUGUCGCUGCUUUCGACUCACUCACCUCAUUUUACUCCAAUUUCACAGCCAUUAGCCUGGAGGACGGCCUUGCCGCCGGGUACAUAGCUUCUGAUAACAAACAAAGGGCAAUGAACAUUGGUAACAGAGCCUCUGACGUUCUGCUCAAGGAAUUUUCUCUGGGUUUGGAGGGGACGGUCUAUCAUGAUUCUGUAGAUCGACUCUGCGACCGUGGGCUUGUCACUGAGCUGUUGCUUGCCCCUUUUUCUUCGCUUCGAGAGUACCAAUCUAUGCUUUCGCUACGAUACAAUAGGAGA